AUGGCCUGGCGUCCAGAGCGCCCUGUGACACUUCCUAGUCACGAUAGGCGCCCUAUCGAUUCAUUUCCCCCAAGGGUUGGUACGGGACGCAUCUUCCCCACGAAGUUCAAUCCCCCAAAUGCAAGUGAUACACCGAGAUCGCUUUUCCCACUCAGCAGAAUUGAUCGUGCCAUUCCACCUUUAAUACGGUUCAUUCGUCGCAACGCUGGAAACAACCAAUUCCUGGUCUUCACGGACGGCGCAUGCUUGGACAACGGCGGUGCAAACCCAAGAGCCGGUUGUUGCUUGGUUUUCAGAAAUUCUACGUCAAACCCCCCAGUCUGUGGCUAUGCCAGCUUUCCUCUCGAAAAACAAGGCCCCACUGGCGUUGAGCACCCGCAAACAAGCAAUCGGGCUGAGUUGCGUGCUGUCAUUGCGGCUACACGAUUUCGACACUGGACCGGCGAAGGCUGUCGCUGUCUAGUCAUCGCUACUGAUUCUGAAUAUGUAGUAGAAGUCAAGAAUAAGGAUCUUUGGCAGUGUUUACUCGGAGAGGUGGAACGGUGGGAUGAGAGGGGAAUGCGGAUUCAAUUCUGGAGGAUUCCAAGAGAGUGGAACACUGAGGCAGACCAGCACGCUAAAGUAGCUGCUAGUGAGGGUGCACCCCAGAGAUUCGCAGACGUCAUCGGUUUCCAUGCUUGA